CAUAGUGGCAUGGGACACGGCACCACUUUGUUAUUUCUGUGCUAUUCAGUGUUCGCCCAGGUCACAGUUCCCGGCGAGAUUGUGCUUGGAGGUCUUUUUCCAAUUCAUGAAGCUGGUAGAAAUGGAUCAAGCUGUGGGAAAAUCAAGGCCGAUCAGGGUGUUCAGCGUAUGGUAGCGAUGCUGUACGCUCUCGAGAAGGUGAAUCAGGAUAGUUUGAUUCUGCCACAAGCCAGUCUCGGAGCGCAGAUUCUCGACACUUGUUCUGUCGAUAGCUACGCUUUGGAGCAAGCGUUAGAAUUCAUCAAAUCUGUGAUGUCGAGUGGCGACGGUGCCGUCUGUGCGGACGGUUCAUCGGCGUCCUACCAUCGUCAGCCAGUCGCUGCGGUUGUUGGCGCGGCCGGCAGCCAAGUAUCAGUCAUGGUGGCUAGUAUGCUGCAGCUUUUUAAAAUUCCUCAAGUGAGCUAUUCUUCCACCGGAGCCGAACUAAGCGAAAAGCCACGAUUUUAUUAUUUUUCUCGUGUAGUCCCUCCUGACAACCUCCAAGCACAGGUGAUGGCGAGAGUGGUAAGUUUAGAGUAUUUAGACUGGACAUACGUGCACGCUAUAGCCGAUACAGGAUCAUACGGUGAGCGUGGUUUGGAUUCAUUUCGAGCGGCAGCCACCGACUUUGGCAUCUGUAUCGAUGGAGACGUGCACAAAAUUAGUAGACGAUGGACGGAAAAGAAUUUUCGUGAUCUGCUUAUUCGAAUGUAUCGCACUAGAAAAGCUCGCGGUGUGGUGAUGUUUGUGGAUGAGGACAAUUUAAAGCGCUUACUGCACACGUUAGACAAGCUCAUCAAGGAGGGUAAUAAGGAACUGGAACGACGGUUUUGGUUUGUAGCCAGUGAUUCAUGGGGUAUUAAACAGUCGGUUGUGCUAGGAUUGGAACAUCUACUAGCCGGAUCCAUCACUAUCGUUCCUCAUGUCAGGGAGGAAAAAGCUUACAUCACAUUCUUCCGUAAGCUUUCGCCGACCGGUUACACGUUUCUGGAAGAAUACUGGGAUUCGUUAGGAUGUGGCCAGAGAGACGAUUUGAAGUACUUUGGCGACUGUUUCGACUACAUUAAAUACAAUCUCAAACAGGCAGGUCCUCAUCGAUGUUCUGAAUGUGAAUAUAUAGAAACGUCAUUUCAGGAAUCUUACGUUCCGUUCGUAGUCGAUGCGGUUCAUGUGUUGGCAAGAGCUCUGUCUAAAUAUAUUGCGGAUGAUUGUGGCCAAAAGGAAUUUCGUCAUUGUUACCUGUCAAGAUCGAGAUUUCAAGGUGAUCGACUGCAAAAAUACUACAGAAAUGUGUCGAUUAUUGAGAAUGAGCCACCUCUCAUUGAUGCGAAUGGCGACGGUAUUGGACGCUACGAUGUGUUUCAAUUAGACAGUAAGGGAGUUUACCACAAAGUAGGGAAAUGGCGUUCCUCAAAGGAUUCGUUCGAAAUCGAGGUCCAACAAGUUCGUCGAGGUCUUCAGCUUACACCUGGUGAUAGUCCGUUCUCAGUGUGCUCUACUGAUUGUCCUCGAGGACAUUAUCGGGCCUAUCAAGAUCAAACAUGCUGUUGGACGUGCAUUCCUUGUGAUACAACGACUAGCAUUAUUAUAAACGGCACCAGGUGUGAUAUGUGUCCUGAAGGAAAAGUUGCAGACGUGACCCAAAGUUUCUGUAUACCUAUUCCACCGGUGUCGAUGAGGUGGGAUACAGCGUGGGCGUUGAUACCGGCCAGCUUCUCUCUAUUUGGCCUCACCUCCACAAUCUUUGUUGUUGGCGUCUUCCUGAAAUUCUCCAACACUCCAGUGAUUAUGGCGUCUGGAAGAGAGCUGUGCUACUGUAUGAUUGCUGGUAUCUCGAUGUGCUAUAUCCUCACAUUCCUUCUCGUCUCACAACCAUCUAUUCCAACCUGUGCUUUCACUAGGGUAUUAAUGGGUCUAUCGAUGUCGGCUAUCUACGCAGCUAUCAUUACGAAAACAAACCGCUUGGCAAGGGUUUUUAAACCUGAUGGUGCUCAGCGACCGCGGUUCAUUACUCCGAAAGCGCAAGUCGGAAUAUGUGCGUCGAUCGUGUCGGUCCAAUUGGCUGGCUCAAUCGUCUGGCUGUUAGUGGAUCCACCAGGCACAAAAGUUGUGUUCCCAUCUCGUACGGAAGCUGUACUUACUUGCAAGGCCACUGCUUCUCACCUUCUGGUCUCACUAUCCUACAAUCUGGUACUCAUCAUUGCUUGUACCGUUUAUGCAUUCAAAACGCGGAAGAUUCCUGAGAAUUUCAACGAGACUCGACAUAUUGGUUUUACCAUGUAUAGUACCUGCAUUUUGUGGCUAUCGUUUGGCCCAAUCUAUUUUGCAACGCAAAAUAAUUUUCGGAUCCAAGUCACUUCGUUAUGUAUGUGCAUUUCACUGUCGGGUACGGUGGCAUUGGUGUGCUUUUUUGCACCAAAGGUGUACAUUGUGCUCUUCCAACCAUAUAAAAACGUCAGAACGAGGCAGUCUGCCGUCGGAAGAUUAGUUAAUCAACAAAUGCGAUUUAUGAGGUAA